AUGUCGUCCACCGCCGCCACCGCAGCAUCCCUCGCCGAGCAGAUCACCAACGCCAUCAGCAAGGCGUCCGAACCUGUGACGGCACCCGUGAAGCCGGCUCCUUUUGUUGCGUCUGCUCCCACUCCCGUGCCAGUCGUCUCCGCGGUCGUCGAUGAUAUUCCCGCGCCCACUCAGAAUUUUGCUGCCGCUCCUUCUGUUGCUGUCUCUACGGCGGGUGCGGCCACGACUGCCCAAGUGCCAUCCCCGUCGCCUGCUCCCGUUCCCGCUGCUGCGCCUGCCCAAGUGCAACCAGCAGACACUGCUUCCGCAAUCAACAACACGGCAGCAAUGGUGCCUGUGGCGAGCACCAAGACUGCCAAGAAAAAGAAGAUCAGUCCUGUGACCAUUCUUGCGUGCGUGCUGAUAGGCAUCUUUGUGGUAGGCGUCUUCACAGCAAUGAUCUUCCGUAUGAAGAAGAAGAAGCAAGUUAUGAAGGCAUCCGGACAGAUGAACACAAAGAAUACAGAGUCGUCGCCCCUCAUCUACGGACCAGACCCCAAGACACUGAAGCAGCAACAAAAGUCUGCCGCACAGACGGCACCACACACCGGUCCCUCCAAGAAGCAGCUGGACCAACUUGCCCAAGAGGCACAGGAGCGUGCCAAGGCAAUCAAGAAGCCGCAGGUGGUCGCAGAGGCGGACGAAGAGGGCGAGGGCGGCAAUGGAAAUGUCGCGCCCGUUGAAGGCGUCGAACAGAAUGCGUGCUAA